AGACAGUUAUACGAGUACACUGUUUUUAGUCAUAGCUUCGCUUCUGAACGACAUUAACUCAAUGUAUUUCGUAGUGACCACGUCUUCGCUCCAGUUUCAUCCAAAUCAGAGUUUGGUCAGGUUUCGCUUAACCGGAUUACGUAACACGUUUGAAUAAUUAAAUCAUCUAUUCGCCAAGGAUAAAGAAUAUAAGUUUGGGCGAUGUCAAUCUCUCUGAGGAGAUCAUCAUCCGUAAACUCAAAUCAAAAUAAGUCACCGAAUCAGAGAAGGGUAGCAUGGAGUAAACUACAUGACAGAAACUUGAGCACCGGUCAAAGAAAUCGAAUAGUAAACGCCAUGGGACCGCACCGUUUUCCCGAUUCACCAUCUCCGCAUAUUUCCAAAAGACUUAUUGGAGAUGCUAGUAGUUUCGAAAAUAUGAAUUUAACCAAUCCUGAUUUAAUGAAUCGAGGCCUUACUAAAGAUUUUCUUACUCUCGCUUGUUAUAAUGCUAUAGCUACAGGACAGAUUGGACUACUGAAGGCUAUAUAUAAAACAGGCGAAGCACCACAAGUAGAUAAACAGGGUAAUACACCCUUACAUAUAGCUGCUAGAUGUGGACAACUCAGAUCACUCAGGUGGUUACUGCAGUACUCAAGCACACCCGUUCAGGCAAAGAAUUGUCGAGGAGAAACACCAUUACAUGUUGCUGGCCUUCAUGGAAAUCUCAGAUGUCUGGAAGCCUUGCUAGAGUCACAAAAAGACAAUGUAUACCAUGUUGUUUCUGAUAGGGAUAAUAUGGGCAUGACAGUACUACAUCAUGCUACUAUAGGAAACAGAGAUACCACAGUAGAAUGGUUAGCUGAAGCGUUUGGUAAAGAUCUCUGUUUAGUUAAAUCUGUUGAUGGUGUUCUGGCUAUUCAUCUAGCUGCUGCUGCAGGAAACAAGUACUGUACGCAAGUUUUGGCAGAAGUUUGUAGACAAACUGUCAACGUUAGAGAUAUGUUCGGAGCGACGGCUGCCUUUUAUGCCGCCCAAGAAGGCCAUCUUCCAUGUUUAGAAUAUUUAGUGGAAGAGGCCUGUAGUCACUUGGGAAUAGUUGCAUGUGAAGGUAUGACAGCCGUAUUAACAGCAGCAGAAGGUGGCCAUCUAGAUGUAUUACAGUACAUCAUAAUGAAACAAGGUCAUUCUGUUUUACUAGAAAGUACAAACGAUGGAGCAACUGUCUUCCAUUACGCAUCUGGUAAUGGACAUUAUCAAAUAUUGAAGUAUUUACUGGAUUUACCUAACACAAGUAAUUUAUUAAGAUUAUGCGACACCAAUGAUCGUUCACCAGCUCAUGAUGCUGCAGAAAAUGGUCAUGUUGAUUGUUUAAAGUUGAUUGUUGAUGCUGGUAUGAGUGUUUAUCAACCGGAUAAGGAUGGUGAGACACCUCUAUCAUUAGCGCUGAAAUGUGGUAAUCCUAAAUGUGCUAUGUUUGCUAAAGUAGUCUCUGAGACAGCCAUUGAUAAAAACAGUCUGAAGGAGAUGAAGAAAAAAAUGGGAUCAAAAUUUCCACAAAUAAGUAACAUCCUAAAUAUACAAGCUCUUUCGAGAUCCGAUGCCAGAUCGUUCAAGAAUGGUAAAUGUACAGAAUGGAAUGGUGCUAUACCCAAUAAUUUGUUGCAGAAAAAGAAGAUGGUCGGCAAUAUGGAUACUAUUGAAAACGAAUCUUUAUCGUUAAAAUCGGAAGGAAUUUAUGUUUGGCCCAGUUGGCAGCGGUCACUGUCUUCCAGGAGAACAAAUCGUCCUGCUAGUCGUGGAAUAUUUCGUGGUGAAUUUAUUCUGCUUCGUUCCUCUCCUCCUGGAACACUGUCCUUAAAGAACAGAAAACUGUCAGUUCCAAACAGAAAUGGACAUUUAUAUGCUCAAAGAAAUCGACCAUGUCCCAUAAGUUUACCACUACAGAAACAUGAAUAUCCUACACAUAUCAACCAGAUGGAUGUAGAAGAUGAUAUUAAUGCUGACGAUAUAGAACGAUUUUUUAAACAGCCAUUAGAUGUUAUUCCAGAAUAUGAUAACAUGGACGCUAAACCACACCUGUAUCAAGUCCAAGAAGAAGACGAAGAUUCGAGCCAUGAACUAGAUGAAGAUACAGAGGAUCACUCCAUGCCAUAUCCUUACACCACACAGACGCUAGACAGACAUUUUGGAUUAAAGGAGGCCCAGACCUCAUUUUCAGUAUGGGAUCGACGACCUUAUAGAAGAGCAAAACCAUUGUGUUCGUCCUCAUUGAUUGAUUACAGUUCAGAUGAAUCUGGUAUUUCAACUGAGUCUGGUAUCUCUUCCCAUUCUGAUGAAGAUAAGAACGGGUACAACCCUUCAAGUUCGGAUGAAUCUGGUACAUCAAAGCGUUUUUCAGAUUCCAGCGACUCGGCCGUGAAAGAUUUUUACUUUAUCUCCUCAGAUGACGAAGAUAUAAAACUGACCAAAAGGAAAAAAUCAGAAUUUUUAGCAGAAAUCAUAGAAACAAAAGUGGAGGUUAAAGCAAAAGAACCACCAAGUCCUAAAUUACCAUCUAGAGAUGAUGUAGAAGUUUUCUCUAUGAGUGAAGGUACUGAUGAUAUCCACUCUGAUGACGAACAUACUAAACCAACCCCAACAAAACCUCUGAAACCAAGCAAACGCCCAACUAAAAAUACAUACAGGAAGAGAAAUGUUUCUUCUAGUGAUGAAGAGGGGUUAUUACUAUCUUCAAGUUUCACAGGCCUUGCUCCUAACCGUAACAAUUCAAGCGCUUCCGAGUCAAGUCAGUCUAGCGUCGGCGCCCCUAAACCAAAAAUUGAGGUAAGUCCUCCAAAAGACAUCAUAGCCACCAAACCAAUUGUCACAGAAUCAUUGGCGUCAGUACUCCAGAGAAGUAUGAUGGGUACAGGCGAUCUCAAACAUUCUCUAAGAAGCAACUCUAUGAAGGAUAACACUUGUAAAACAGUAUUUAAUUCUGCAUCAUUGUCGAGGGACAAUAGGAAGAAAACAUCACCAAGGCCAUCUUGUAAGACGUCUCCGCCUCCACCAAUACCAACUUCACUACCACCGUCAUUAAGAAUUGAAGUCCAGCAGUGUACCCUACCAAAACCGAUCUCACAAAACCAACAGCUUAACACAGAGGUAUCGAGGAAAGGUAGCUUUAAUAGCUGUAUCGAUAUAAAACCCAAAUCAGAAAAAAUACAACGUUCACAGUCUGUCGCUGGCUAUGAUAUUCAUGAACAAAUCCGCAAGACACAUUGCUCUAAAUUGAUGGACAAGCACCAAACACCCAAGAAGUCAAGCAUAUUUUCCCAAUGUGGGGAUGCAGAUGUAGCAUUAGUUACGGAAGUUCACAACCGUAUUGGAUCCGAAAGUAACUCAGAUGAAGAAACAUAUUCAGUCCAAAAAACGGCCUCAAAGAUAAGAGCUCUUCAAGACGUUUUGAUGAAACAAUCACUUCCUUUUGCCAAUCCAUUUUUAUUCAAAGAAAAUAGAAUGAGUACCACUGAAACUUCACCACCAUGUACUAAAGAAGAAUCUUUAAAGAUCUCAACAAAAUCAGUAGUAGAAUCUACUGUAUUUCCCCCAGUGCCACCUCCACCACCACCGCCACCGACUACCUUACCGAAAGUAAAGAAACCAGAACCUUCUUAUACAAAAUGUGUAAGCUACGCAACGACAACAAAAAUACAAACUGGGAAGGAUAAUUGUGAGUUGGACGACGCCACAAGAACAAGGAUAGCAUCUAUUAAGUGUAUGCUUGAAAGGGCUAGUAAUAUAGAUGAGCCUGAAGUAUCAACUAAUUCCAAGACCAUAAACCCGACUUCCCAUGAAACAACUGGUGAAACCACGUGAAGUAUCGAAUGAAAUUAUGAAACCAGCGUAUUUUGUCAUAACUCUUCAAAGAAAGGAAAGGUUUCGGAGAGUUUGGGUUAAAAAAUGUGGUCGACCUUUGCUGAUACCGGUCUUUCUUUUAGUCAUAAUACAGAAGCAAUCGAUGAUUACCAUAUUGUUUUAAUUCUUGAUAACUCGAAGUUAAUAUUUCACCAUGAAGAGUGUUAGAUCUCUUGACUUCAAAAUUAAAUGGACAUAGUAGUACUUUCACCUACAAAUGUAAAUUUACGAUAGUGCUAAAUCCCCAUAUUUCAAAACAAAACUCUCCAAUUAUCGUUGCUAUUUUCUUUUAUCUGAAAAACAUAUUCAUGUCAGUAUUAUGCUCGAUCACAUUGAAGCCCUCCAACUCUCGAUAAAAAAGGCACGUACAUAGACAUAUGUGAUUGUUAAAGCUGCCAAACGCUGUUACAAUAUGUAUGUAGUCAGGUUUGGAUAUCACGUUAUUAACGUUAAUACAAUCCAUAUGACUCGGAGAAGGACUAUAAUAUGCUACUUCAAGAAUGUGUUUGUCGAUAUACAGGAUUCUAUGGGACAAAAUGUUUAGCUGAAAAUGUGAACGAACGAGAUUGAUAUGUUGAUAAUGGAUUAUUGUUUUAAAAUGCAUGACUCUUAUUACAGCUUGUUUUAUCUAUCACGUAGAUACUGCUUUCUAACUCUUUCAGCGUUAUGUCAUGAACGAAAUAUCCUAUAUUUUAUGCUUGUAAAUAAUUAGCUGGUUUUGUUUUUAAUAUCAGAGUGAGAGAAAGAAAGAGAGAGAGAUAGAUAGAGGGAGUAUGGAUGAAGGCUUCUCUAUACAUAUAAACAUACAGUUAUAGGUUAUGGUCUUGCAAGAUUUGGCUUACUUUGAAUCCAUUAAGGAAAGGGAUUGUCAAAUAAUGCUAUAUUUCAGAUCUUUUUUUAAAUUUCAAGAAGAAGAAUGGUACUGGGGCCCCGCCCCAAACAUUCAUUAAGCGGUGAAUAUUCAUUAAUCCCUUGUUUCCAGUAUAUAAUUGGUGGAUUACUUUUGGUGUAAAUAUGUAAAUACCUCCCACUUUUGAAAAUCGCCACGUAUGUAUAUAGAUAGCAAUUGAUUCAAUUAAUUGUCUUCCAUUUGUUUCGUUUAGCCACUGGAUGUUGUUUGUAUAUAUCCCUAGACGUGUUUCCUGUACAUGCACCUCUUUUUAUAUGAUGUUUAUACUUUUUAUAUGUCGAACACAAGUUAAAUAUGUCGCACCCUUUGUAAAUAAUACAUGUAGGUAUUUAUUUAGGAAAAUGGUUCCCUUAAAUCUUAGACGGUAAGGGUUAGAUCCUGGUAAGAUAUCGACGGUAGCAACACCUUUAUUUCACUCUUCAUAAUAUUAUUAAAGGGACAUCAGAUAAAAACUUAAUCAUGGCUGAGUUUUUCCACAAUCAAGAUAUUAUGGCAAUCAGUAUCAUUAGAAAGAACAAUUAUCCUAAUGAACACAACAUUUAUUUGUCUAUCAACUGGAAGAUUUAAAACUCAAGAGUGGGAAAUUAAAAAAUGCGCCAACAUGUAUUCAUAUGUGGUUAAAACGGGUUCACCAGCAAGGUCAAACAUGUCACUCUUUUGAAUGGUGCAUAAAUCUUUAACUUUCUUUGCAACAGAACAUGCACGAUCUGUUGUAAAAUUUGACUAGAAUCUUACUCCUUAAAUGAAAACUUUGAAAAAUAAAUUUGAGCUAGUAUUGCUUUAAAUAAUCUAUUGAGAAUUGCGUAGAGCCAGAUGAAAUCGUGAUAAACAAAAUAAUAACUCAAUCUCAUGUCCCUUUAAUAACACUCACAGCUUCUCACUAACACUCACUCACACAAACUAACACUAAAUAACUAUUUCCAUAGGUUCGUUGAUUUAGAAGUGGGGAGCAGAACUUUACACAACCUUCAGAUGUCUCUUGUGUCUGUUAUUCUUGCUGGUUCUUUUAAACAUACAUUUGUUCAUAUUCGUACUUUAUUAUGUCACCUUUUUUUAAUUCAGAUUAACACAUUAGGUGGGUGGUGUACAUCUUAAGAAAAUAAAAACCAUGUUCAUUGUCAUAUUUUCUUUGUUAUUGUUUUUUGUCAAGCCCUUGUGUCUAAAUUCACAGAGUGUUGACUGAGCGAAAGACCUGUUCUUUUUAUGUUAUGUUCAUAUUCGUGCGUUUUGCGUUGCAUUGAAAGGUAAGUCAUUGCGCUUGCAUUGGUUGCCAAUAACUAUUUCUUCUGUCUCUUGUGCUGGUUUUAAGAAUGAAUAUUGCGUAUAUCUGAAAGCGGGGAAACUUUGGGCUGAAGGGUUUAUUAUCGAAUUUCGUAUAAUUAAAAGAUCACACUGGAAGAAAAAACAAACUCCCUGAAUAUAAUCCAAAUAAUAUGUGUAUAUGUAUGUCAGCAAGUGUUUUUGAAAUCUGACAUUCUACUAGAUAUUUAUCAUUACGUGUCCACUGGCCCAUUGAUCUGUGUUUCAAGUGUCGACAAACGUUAGUAUCAACGUUACCUUCAAUUUUGGUUCAGUUGGAAAACGGCAUUAUGUACCCCCAACUUUCCCUGUCCCGAAUGUUACGAAAAUUGUAUUGUUCAGAUGGUAAAAAUGAAAAAGACCGCAUGCCGCAUGUUGAUCUCGGCAUUAACAUAAUAUGAUGAGACGGGAGCUUAUAUAUUAUUAUUAUUAUUAUCUUUGAGGUGUGCUAAUGCUGUGCUAAAAGUUCAGUACACUAACACUGAGAAGAAUAUAUUGAGAGUGUAUCGUCAAGGUAAGAUGAUUAUGAUUCUGUGGAUGAAAGAAACUGUAUUGCUUGUUCGAAAUUUGUACUGCAGAUGUAUAUCGGCAUUUUUACUAAGAAACAGUCAAUGAAAUGGUUUAGAUAACCUCAAUGCUAGUUUAGUUUUAAAGUUUCAGGUAACAUCAGUGCGAUUUUCUUGGGGGAAACUAUGCUGGAAAACCAGAACCUUAUAUGAAAUGGUAAUAAUAACAUCAAGAGUGGACACCAAUAAGUCAGAUGAUACAUGCAAUGGUAAUAUUAACAAGAGCUGAUGCCAAUGAUUAAAAUAUGAGAUACUGUUGAUACCAAUUAGUCUGAUGGGAACUUAAAGAGAUACAGUGAUACUUGAACCAUAAUGUCAUCGGAUAAAUUGGAAAACUUUAGCUGUAUUCACAAGAAAUUAAAUUUGACAGAUUCAGUGCUGAUCUGUUACAAACUUUUCUUAAGAGACAAACACCUGUACUAUUAAUCACCGUUAAUUUGUAAACAAUCUUGUUAUCACGACUCUUUAUUAACUCGGUCUAUAUAAUCCCAUAGUUUUAUAUUCACGGCAUUAAAUGUUAAACAACUGGCUA